GCGCCCCGCGCGCGUGCGCACUCCGGCGCGGGUCGCAGAGGCUCUCUGGGGUCCCUGCUACCCAAAGCCUGGGCGGGAGCCGAGCACCCCCCGAUCCCCGGGAGGCUGCGGUGGUCCCGCCAUGCGUUGGGGGCUGCGCCCUUCUGGGCCGGGGGCAGCCGCCCUGGCCCGGAAUUUGUGGGUGCCGCCCCGCCUUCCUAGUCGCGCGGGGUGGCGAGGGACGGCGAGGAGGCUUUUGGUGCGGUCAGUCACCGGGGCCAGUAACCAGCUGCAGAACUCGAAUAAUGGCGGAUACCGGGACACGGUGCUGCUGCCGCAGACCAGCUUCCCCAUGAAGCUGCUGGGCCGCCAGCAGCCCGACACGGAGCUGGAGAUCCAGCAGAAAUGUGGAUUUUCAGAACUUUAUUCAUGGCAAAGAGAAAGAAAAGUAAAGACAGAAUUUUGUCUUCAUGAUGGACCUCCUUAUGCAAAUGGUGACCCUCAUGUUGGACAUGCUUUAAAUAAGAUUUUGAAAGAUAUAGCCAAUCGAUACCAUAUGAUGAGAGGUUCCAAAAUACAUUUUGUGCCAGGCUGGGAUUGUCAUGGGUUACCCAUUGAAAUAAAAGUAUUAUCAGAACUUGGUGCAAAAGCUCAGAAUCUUUCAGCUGUGGAGAUUAGAGAGAAAGCUAGAUCAUUUGCUAAAGCAGCAAUUGAGAAACAGAAAUCAGCAUUUAUUCGUUGGGGAAUAAUGGCAGAUUGGAAUAAUUGCUACUAUACAUUUGAUGGAAGCUAUGAGGCCAGACAGUUGAGAAUUUUCUACCAAAUGUAUGAUAAGGGCUUGAUUUAUCGAUCUUACAAACCUGUGUUUUGGUCUCCCUCAUCAAGGACUGCAUUGGCUGAAGCAGAACUUGAGUAUAAUCCUGAGCAUGUCAGUCGCUCAAUAUAUGUAAAAUUCCCUCUCUUGAAGCCUUCUCCUAAGUUGGCGUCGCUUAUAGAUGGUUCAUCUCCUGUAAGUUUUUUAGUCUGGACCACUCAGCCUUGGACAAUUCCAGCCAAUAAGGCUGUUUGUUAUAUGCCAGAAGCAAAAUACGCUAUUGUGAAAUGUUCCAAAUCUGGAGACCUCUACAUACUGGCUGCAGAUAAAGUAACAUCUGUUGCUCCUGUUUUGGAAACAACAUUUGAGGUUAUUUCGACAUUUUCAGGUGUAGACUUGGAAAGUGGUACUUGUAUUCAUCCUUUAAUUCCUGAGAAAGUGUCUCCUCUUUUACCUGCAAAUCAUGUGACCAUGACGAAAGGAACAGGCUUGGUUCACGCAGCCCCAGCUCAUGGUAUGGAAGAUUACAGUGUGGCCUCUCAACACAACUUGUCCACGGAUUGUUUAGUAGAUGAAGAUGGAGUUUUCACAGAUGUUGCAGGUCCUGAACUUCAAAACAAGGCUGUCCUUGAAGAGGGAACAGAUGUGGUUAUAAAGAUGCUUCAGGGUGCAAAGAAUUUGUUGAAAGAGGAAAAAUUGGUACACAGCUAUCCUUAUGACUGGAGGACCAAGAAACCAGUGGUUAUUCGUGCCAGCAAGCAGUGGUUUGUAAAGCUCACGGAUCUUAAGACUAUAGCCAAGGAAUUAUUAAAAAAAGUGAAAUUUAUUCCUGGAGCAGCACUGAAUGGCAUGGUCGAAAUGAUGGACAGGAGGCCAUAUUGGUGUAUAUCAAGACAAAGAGUUUGGGGUGUUCCAAUUCCCGUGUUUCAUCAUAAGACAAAAGAUGAAUUCUUGAUUAACAGCCAAACCAUCGAGCAUAUUGUGAAACUAGUGGAACAACAUGGCAGCGAUGUCUGGUGGACUCUUCCCCCUGAGCAGCUUCUUCCAAAAGAAGUCUUAUCUGAGGUUGGUGGUCCUGAUGCCUUGGAAUAUGUGCCAGGGCAGGAUAUUUUGGACAUCUGGUUUGAUAGUGGAACUUCAUGGUCUUAUGUUCUUCCAGGUACUGACCAAAGAGCAGAUUUGUACUUGGAAGGAAAAGACCAACUUGGGGGGUGGUUUCAGUCUUCCUUACUAACCAGUGUGGCAGCAAGGAAAAAGGCACCUUUUAAGACAGUAGUUGUUCAUGGAUUUACCCUUGGAGAAAAGGGAGAAAAGAUGUCCAAGUCUCUUGGAAAUGUCAUUGAUCCUGAUGUUGUCAUCAAUGGAGGACAAGAUCAAACCAAAGAGCCUCCCUAUGGUGCUGAUGUCCUCCGCUGGUGGGUGGCUGAGUCCAACGUCUUCACUGAAGUGACAAUUAGUCCAUCUGUACUUAAUGCUGCCAGAGAUGAUAUUAGCAAGCUUAGGAAUACACUCCGUUUUCUUUUGGGAAAUGUGGCUGGUUUCAACCCAGAAACAGAUUCCAUUCCUGUUAACAAUAUGUAUAUCAUAGACCAGUAUAUGCUACACUUACUGCAGGAUUUAGCAAACAAGAUUACUGAUUCAUAUAAACAAUAUGAUUUUGGAAAAGUUGUUCGGCUGUUGCGAGCAUUUUAUACCAGAGAACUCUCUAACUUUUAUUUCAGCAUAAUCAAAGAUAGGCUUUAUUGUGAAAACGCAAAUGAUCCCAAACGACGCUCUUGUCAGACUGCGUUAGCUGAAAUUUUGGAUGUCAUAGUUCGUUCUUUUGCUCCCAUUCUUCCUCACUUGGCUGAAGAGGUAUUCCAGCACAUACCUUACACUAAAGAACCCAAGAGUGUUUUUCGUACUGGGUGGAUUAAUACAAGUUCCAUCUGGAAGAAGCCCGGGUUGGAGGAAGCGAUGGAGAGUGCGUGUGCCAUGAGGGAUUCAUUUCUUGGAAGUAUUCCUGGCAAGAAUGCAGUCGAGUACAAGGUGAUGAUUGUGAUAGAACCUGGACUGCUCUUUGAGAUAAUAGAGAUGCUACAAGCUGAGGAGACCUCCAGCACCUCUCAGUUGAAUGAAUUAAUGAUGGCCUCUGAGACAACUUUACUCUCUCAGGAACCACGAGCAUUAGCUGCAGAUGUAAUUGAGCGUAAAGGGACAUUCCUAAUCAAUUUAGAAGGUGGUGAUAUUCGUGAAGAGUCUUCAUAUAAAGUAAUUGUCAUGCCAACUACCAAAGAAAAAUGCCCUCGUUGUUGGAAGUAUACAGCUGAGUCUUCAGACACACUCUGUCCCCGAUGCGCAGAAGUUGUUCGUGGAAAGUAGUCCCUCACGCUGGGGUUGACAGCUCUCUGAGGAAGAGCCCCCCGCCCCCGACAGUACUGACUGGGAGUUGAGAUGCAUUGUUUACAAUGUGGAGAGAAAUCCAACGUGUAGGUAAUGAGUGAAGAGUAAAUGAUGGAAGAUGUGGGUCAAAGUCAGAAUUCUGACAUAUUCCUGUAACUCGAUAAAAAAUAAUGUGUAUAUAUACAUGCGGAAAAAUAUAUACGUGCAGAUGGAUAUAGAUAUAUCCACAACGGACUUAUUCAGAACA